AGUCCCCCGAGGACUCGCCGGCGGCGGUAAGUGGAGCGACUCGGCCGCAGCCCGCUCCGCUCCCCCGGCGAAUGCUGGGGGGUGGUUUCCCCCAGUCCCCCAAGGCCGGGAGCCAGGGGAGCAGAGCGGAGCGGGCUGGGGCCGAGUCUCUCCACUUACCGCCGCCCCGUGAGUGCGGGGUCGGCCUGGCUGCAGGAAGUGCAGCGAUCCGGUCUCAACCCGCUCCGCUCCGCUGGCUAGUGCUGGGGGGUGGUUUCCCCCAAGCCAGCCCCCUCUCCGCCCCGGAGCCCCACACAGCCCCCCGCUAGGGACGGUCCUGGCCCCAGUGGCGGGGAACCAGUGGAGCAGACUAGACCCUUACAAGAACUCGCAGCUGCUGGAUCUGUUUUAGGCUGGUUUCUAAUUUCUACUACCUGCCCAGGACCCAAGCCUGGGAUUUCGGCUAUCCUUAACCCCACAAAUCACUACCCCUUCCUGGAGCGUUCCCUCCUCUGUUUUGGACAAGCUACAUGGCUCCUGUGAGUUCUUUUUCAACAGCAAAGUUCAACCCAAACAAAUGACCAGAGAGAGACUUAAAGACAAACAAAAAACACCCCACCCCCAGGUCCUGGUAACAGGCCCAGAGCUGUGCGGGCUGCCUGGGGUCCGCGCUCUGGGUCUUGAGUCUCCAUGAAUUCCAAAGAGUGAAGCUCAACUCCCCCACCGCCUGCCGCUGGGGAGGAAGUGGUGAAAUAAUUAGCAUAUUCCAAUGCUAUUGGCUCGUUCUCGAGCUGUUUUACAUAGGCCCGCCUCUUCCCCCCUCCCCACUCCCUUUUUCGGCUGGCUGGCUGGGUUUUGCAGUAUAGGGCUGCCUGCUAGUGCAGUGCAGGGACCGGGGAGCAGCAGCGGCGGCGGCGAGAAGGGAACAUUUACACACUUUUAUUUUUCCGGCGUUCUUCCGCCGCCCGGCUGGGAGCGGGGCUGCCGAGCCCCUCCGCGGAACGGACCCGGUGCGUGGGCCGGGAAGAGGCUUUGGAAGGCACAGCAAAGUGGCGAGUGGGCUCUGUCUCGUCUUUCCAUCCCCCCUCUGGUUUCCUGCGGGUGCAGCAUGAAGUGCAGCUAUGGCAAGGCGAGGUAAGACAGUGGUGAGGACGCUGGAAGAUUUGACCCUGGAUUCUGGUUAUGGUGGUGCUGCGGACUCAGUCCGGUCCUCCAACUUGUCCCUGUGCUGUUCGGAUUCCCACCCGGCUUACCCCUAUGGAGGAAACGGCUGGCAGCAUCUAGCUGACUCCAUGCACAGUAGACACAACAGCUUUGACACUGUCAACACGGUCCUAGUGGAAGACUCCGAGGUGCUGGACUGCUCGGGGCAGCAGUGCUCCAGGCUGCUGCCUGACCUUGAGGAGGUCCCCUGGACUCUGGAGGAGGUGGAGACGGUGCUCCUGCUGCGGCACCGGGAGCCCCGCGGGCCGGCGGCCAGCCCCGCCAGAGAUGCCCUGGCCAAGCUCUCCACCUUGGUCAGCCGGGCGCUGAUCCGAAUCGCCAAGGAGGCUCAGCGGCUGAGCCUGCGGUUUGCCAAGUGCACCAAGUACGAGAUCCAGAGCGCCAUGGAGAUCGUCCUGGACUGGACGCUGGCCUCCAGCUGCACGGCGGCCGCCCUGGGCGCCCUCUCCCUCUACAACAUGAGCAGCAGCGGCGGGGACCGCUUCAGCCGGGGCAAAUCCACCCGCUGCGGGCUCACCUUCUCGGUGGGCAAGUUCUACCGCUGGAUGGUGGACAGCCGGGUGGCCGUGCGCAUCCACGAGCACGCCGCCAUCUACCUGACCGCCUGCCUGGAGAGCCUCUUCCGAGACAUCUACGGGCGGGUGAUGGCGGGGGGCAGCGCCUCGGCCCACCCGCACCCCAGCCGGGGCUCGGGCUCCGGCUCCGGCUCAGCCCCCGCCGCUGGCGCGGAGAAGGACAAGGAGAGCGGCGGCGGCGGCGAAGCGCCCAAGUUUACGGUGGAGUCUCUGGAGCAGACCGUCAACAACGACGCGGAGCUGUGGGGCUUGCUGCAGCCCUACCAGCACCUCGUCUGCGGGAAGAACGCCAGCGGUGUUCUCUGCCUGCCAGACAGUCUGAACCUUCACAAAGACCAGCAAAGGUCAAAUAAGCCAGGCGAAGUACAGAUGUUUAGCCAAUCAGAGUUAAGGACCAUAGAGCAAUCCUUGCUCGCUACCCGGGUGGGAAGCAUUACCGAACUCAGUGAUCUGGUAUCUCGAGCAAUGCAUCACCUCCAGCCACUCAACUCAAAGCAACAUGGCAACGGCACUCCAAUGCACCACAAGCAGGGAUCACUGUACUGGGAACCUGAGGCUUUGUACACUCUCUGUUAUUUUAUGCAUUGUCCACAGAUGGAAUGGGAAAACCCUAAUGUUGAGCCUUCAAAAGUCACACUGCAGAUUGAAAGGCCAUUCAUAGUGCUGCCACCCCUGAUGGAAUGGAUAAGGGUUGCUUUGGCUCAUGCAGGGCACCGUCGCAGUUUCUCUGUGGACAGUGAUGAUGUACGGCAAGCAGCAAGGCUCUUACUACCUGGAGUUGACUGUGAACCUCGACAGUUAAAAAUCGACGACUGCUUCUGUGCUUCUCGAAAACUGGAUGCAGUAGCCACAGAAGCUAAAUUCAAGCAGGAUCUGGGAUUCCGAAUGCUGAACUGCGGCCGAACGGAUCUAGUUAAACAGGCCAUAUCUUUGCUGGGGCCAGAUGGAAUUAACAGCAUGAGUGAACAGGGCAUGACUCCACUGAUGUAUGCUUGUGUCAGGGGUGAUGAGGCUAUGGUGCAGAUGCUACUAGAUGCUGGAGCAGAUUUGAAUGUUGAGGUUGUCAGUACUGCUCAUAAAUAUCCAUCCGUCCACCCCGAGACCCGCCAUUGGACAGCUCUGACAUUUGCUGUGUUGCAUGGACAUAUUCCUGUAGUUCAGCUGUUGCUGGAUGCUGGAGCAAAGGUAGAAGGUUCUUUAGAGCAUGGAGAGGAAAAUUACUCGGAAACUCCUUUGCAACUGGCAGCAGCUGCUGGAAAUUUUGAACUGGUGACUUUGCUGUUGGAGCGAGGCGCUGACCCCAUGAUAGGAACAAUGUACAGAAAUGGAAUUUCCAUGACUCCACAAGGUGACAUGAACUCUUUCAGUCAGGCUGCUGCACAUGGACACAGGAAUGUGUUUCGUAAGCUGCUUGCUCAGCCAGAGAAAGAGAAGAGUGAUAUUCUGUCCCUGGAGGAAAUACUGGCUGAGGGAACUGACUUGGCAGAUGCUGCACCAGCUCCUUUGUGCGCCAGCCGCAACAGCAAGGCCAAACUGAAAGCACUGAAAGAAGCCAUGUACCACAGCGCCGAGCAUGGAUAUGUGGAUGUCACUAUUGACAUAAGGAGCAUAGGAGUUCCAUGGACACUACAUACAUGGUUGGAGUCUUUACGAACUUCCUUUCAGCAGCACAGACGGCCUCUCAUCCAAUGCUUGUUAAAGGAAUUUAAAUCCAUUCAGGAGGAAGAGUACACUGAGGAGCUCAUCACUCAUGGGUUGCCUUUGAUGUUUGAGAUACUGAAAGCAAGUAAGAAUGAAGUGAUAAGUCAGCAACUGUCUGUCAUUUUCACUCAUUGCUAUGGACCUUAUCCUAUUCCAAAGCUUGUUGAAAUCAAACGAAAGCAGACCUCUCGUUUAGAUCCCCAUUUUCUUAACAAUAAAGAGAUGUCAGAUGUUACAUUUCUGGUGGAAGGAAGACCAUUUUAUGCACAUCGAGUGUUACUAUUUACUGCAUCCCCAAGGUUUAAAGCACUGCUAUCGAGCAAACCCUCAGCUGAGAACACUUGUAUUGAGAUCAGCUAUGUGAAGUACCCCAUAUUUCAGCUGGUUAUGCAGUAUCUUUACUAUGGCGGUGCAGAAUCACUCCUGAUUAAGAAUAAUGAAAUAAUGGAGCUUCUCUCUGCUGCUAAAUUUUUCCAGCUUGAAGCUUUGCAACGACACUGUGAGAUCAUCUGUGCAAAAAGUAUAAACACAGAAAACUGUGUGGAUAUUUACAACCAUGCCAAGUUUCUCGGAGUCACAGAACUGUCCUCCUAUUGUGAAGGCUACUUUCUAAAAAAUAUGAUGGUCCUCAUUGAAAAUGAAGCUUUCAAACAGCUGUUGUAUGACAAGAAUGGAGACACAUCUGGUCAGAAUGUACUACAAGACUUACAGAGGACGUUGGCGACACGGAUUCAGUCAAUUCAUUUGUCUUCUUCAAAGGGCUCCGUUGUAUAAAGUUCAGGAAGGAGAUCGCGCUCAGAAAAGACACUGCGAGUUAAGGCUCCUGUUGCAGUUGCUUAAAUUAACAUACAAAAUUCUACUUCACAUUGGAAUAUUUUUUGUUGUUGUUGGCCAAAGGUGCUGCUUUUAGGCUGCAGCCUCACUUAGAUGAGGGAAUACUGAACAUAUGGCUCCUACCCAUUUUUGAGAAACAAGGAUCUAGCACUAUUCUGUGAAUUACUCUUAUGUUCAGUUCUGAACGCAAAAGUGUGGUCUUGGAGCUAGUGCCAACAAAAGCCAGAACUCACCAAUGAACAGCAGAAGCCUCUGCCUGAACAAAGAUGCCAUGGACCACUUAAACUGACAAAUGGAUUAUUUAAGGUUAUUUUGCUCCACCAUGUUAUACAUUUAAGAACUGUACUGUACCUAUCCCAGAUUCCGUUCUAUUGUGCAUUUAAGAAACGUAAGAUUUGUUAGUUGCUGUUUCAUAAGGGUCAACUGUGUUAGAGAGUUGGUAAGACUGUUAUAAAUGAGGAAAUAUAUUGGCAAAUUUUUAGGGGUGGGAACUUUUUAAAAUUGUUCAUAACAAAUGGGGUGGCCUUGUAGUUUAAAAUCUAUUUCUUAAGCUUAAAAAUUAAUUUUUGACAGAGUUGUGUUUGCGAAUCUAUGUAACAUGUUUUGUUUUUUAAAGGCACACUGUGUAAAUACUGUAUACAUAUGAGCAGGUUUUGCUUGUAUUCUUUCCUAAGGUGGUAUAAUCUUGCCUAAAUGGUUAUGGUUACACCAAAGAGGUACAUUACCAAGACAAUAUCUAUUACAGUAGUUGGGGAAUAAAAAUCUGCAUGCUAAUUGUGAUUUGGGGUUAAAAACAAUAACAAACUCAACAUGCAUUUGCAUGGUAACUGUACCUGUGAAAUGUUAUGUUUGUGCUUUGUUUUGCCAAGACUGCUUGUCAAACUCCAUUUGUGAAAUUAGCAUAUUUACUUUUUUUUCUUGAUGCAAAUGGUUCCCACAGAGACUUGUUGGAAGAUGCUGAUUUCUGUUUGUUACAUGAAAGAGUUAAUAUCAGCCUUUAUUCUAGUAACAUGUCAAUAUUUCGCUACUGGCCAGAGAUUGUGACUAAGGUAGACUUUUUAAAAUUAUUAUUAAAUAUGUACUAUAGAAUAAUUUCUUACUGUAUCUUCAGAAUGUAUAGGUUAUCUACAAUGGAGGUGUGCAAUGUCAGGGCUCAAUUUAUUUUGCAGCAUACUGUUAGCAAGAGAGAUCUGUUAAGUGCCACAAUUUUCCUGACAUCUUGUAUUUGAUGAUACCUUUCAUGAAUCGGUUGAUUUAAAACAUAGGGAAGACCUCAGUAAAGAGUAGGAGAAAGGCGCUACCUUUUCAGUGGCAAAAUUACAUGUAUUUCUUUUCUAGCAUGCUUUUUGAAACUGUGCCCGGUUCACAGAUUUUUAGAAGCUUUAAUUUGACAGUGCAUGGUAACUUCUUGGUCUUUUGUUAGAAUAUUUAUGUCCGGUGCUAUUUCAUGUUUAUAGCUUUUGGAAUGCUCAGAAAACACAGUCUUUGCAUUAGUUAUCACCAUGAUAAGAAACUGUUUUAUUGUUCUGAUCUGUAAAUCCUCCUGUAUGCUUGAUCAUUUUAAAGCCUAUACAAUAUCUGCAACAAAUUACAAAAUUGUCUCAACUACCAUUAAUGUCUCAGAGACACAGCAUGUCAGCCUAACAAUGAAUUACCAGACAAUUUGUUUCUGCAUAUGAUAUGCCAUAUAAGAUGUUGUCUAGAACAUUUAGCUACUGGCGACUUACUUUUCUGUGAAUGUUGCAAUGCUAGAGAAGCAAGAACCUGAUAAAUGCAAUUGCAACUCUUGGGGGUGCUUAUAUUAUAGUUUGGUGUGCUUCCUCACUCCUUGAAACCCAUUAUUCCAUAUUGGUAACAAUCUACAUAUAAAAACAAAUCUCACCCAGCAGCUUAAUGUUAACUUCUCUGAAUAUAAAAUUAUAAUGCUCCAGAUUUUCACCCUGUAAUCAAGUAGGCCAAGUUUUACCCUCAGGUACCCACAGAGCUCCCACUAAAGUCAUCAGGCAUUGCAGACUUGUAUCCACAAGCAGAAUUUUUCUCAGUGGGAAAUAAAAACACAGGUAUAAAUUCAGCGAGGCAAUCUGGUGUCUAACAGGAUGAUAACCACUGCUUAUGUAGCAGUGACUUCAGGGCAUACAUUAAUAGCAGUCCAGGGCAUUGGUAAUGGGAUAUAGAGCCCUACACCCUUGGAUUACUCAUUGGAAUGUUGAUGUUGACUGAUGUCACCAGCACAGAAAUCCACCACAAUAGAUGUAACUUCCUUUGGCAGUGUCAGCAAAAAAAAUCAAAGACUGGAUGGGGAAGGGAGACUUCUCUCCUGUCUCACCCUGAGAACUGGCUCCUCUAGGUUAGGACUGAGAUGCAUAGGAUGGGCUGUGUUGGUAAGCUUGAAGUGUCACUGACUUUGUGGUAUCUGUUCUGCGGCUAAACAGAGGACUUCACUUGCUCGAUCUGUAGUACAUCUUUCAUGAGCAUACAUUCACUAGCAGUAUCCUGUUAGGAACAAAGGGACAAAUUCUCCCUUCACUCUGUACCCAGGGCUUAUCAUAGACUAAAAGGGAAUUGUGUGAGCAUGCAAGGCAAAAUUAGACCCAAAACUAGUCGCAGCAAAGCAUACCUGCCUCUGAACAAACGCAUUCCCUUUGCUUCUUCAUGGGCUCAUUAAUCUGGAACACUGAGCACGAUCUAAUGCUUGGUGUUCCAGUGCAUAAGCCUUCAGAUUUAACUUACGCUACCAUGGGAUUUGCCUUGCUGGUCUCAACUAAACAUGAGCAGGAGAACAAGAUUAUAGAAGUCUAUGGGAUCAAAAAUGCUCCUGAAAGAGGAUUCUGGCUAUUGAUUGAUGUAGCAGUGUCUAUUGCUAUUAAAGCUAUUGUUAAUGGAUACAUUAGAGUACAUUGGACGAUUAAUGGUUUGCAUACACUGGUGGAAAAGCUCAUGGGAGGGCUUAUUAGGGCAGCAAAAACUGCAUGGUUUCCAUCACGGAGUUUCCUCCAUGUCCUUCAAUUGGAAGCAGAGUUCCCAGACUCAAAUAAGCAGCGGGUACAGACCUGGGGUCCCAUUGAGCUCCACAAUGCACAGAUUCUGGAGUCCCUCUGAGUGCUUGAGCCGCACCUAACCGGACCAGAACUGCUAUCGUUCCAUUUCAGUAGAAGCCUCUGUGGUGAAUUUCAUCCAAAAAAUACUUAGAAUGUGACCAUGAUGCCUAUAAGACAGCAUAUCCAUACAGCAAUCAUUAUUGUAGUGGUACAUAGCAGCAUCCUUUAGAAAGUGCUGUUAUUUCAGGAAACAAAAGCCUCUGUUCAGUAAUCUCUGUACCGAUUGCAAUAUUUCAUCCAUUUUGGGGGAAGAAUUCCCUCAAUCCUCCCAACCCAAGGAACUUCAGAUGUUUGGGUGUACUGGAAAUUCUUUUUAAAACCCUUAGAAAAAGUGUAUAUACAUUUUUCAAUCAUAACUCGCACUCCCCCUUCCCUCUGCACAACAAUCUAGGGCUUUUUUUUUUUUCCCCAUCUAGGUUCUUAUAAAGUCUCCCGUCACUGUGGUAUCUGGGCAUCUACAGGCACUUUGACCUUUCUCUGUUACAAGUCCUGCCUUCUCCUUCUCUAGAAGAGACCCAAUCUCCUCUUAGCUCCCUUAAUUGCCCCACAGUCCCCAGAACACACCCACCUUGCCUAAUCUGUUGCCAACUCCUGCACUCUCCCUGUUCUAGAACCAGGCUGGUUCCCUCCCUGACCGUGGCAGAUAUUAUCUCAACUAACCCAGCUCUCCCCUAUGGUUCAUUGCCCCAUAGUCAGCUUGAGAACUGGCAGAGGAGGUGGGCUGGUAGAAACAUAUGAUAGGAAAGUUUUGGGGCAUCAGGGAGCAAGGUUAGUACUCUUUUUCAGGGAAAACUCCAGAACCACCUUCCCAUUACUCAAAUCCUCCCUGUUCCACAGAUUGGAGACCAUUCCUCACCCCUCCCAUCUUUUAGAAACAGAUGGCUUCCAAAUGCUUUCUACUCUAGAAAAUGGCCAGUUUCCUAAGGGAGCCUUUCUCCAGGCUAAAACUUUGCAUGCAAGUUCUUGGCUCACAAGUGAAUUGAUUGUGCAAAGUAUAUAAAUGUAUAUAUUCCAAGUGAUGCAUGUGGAAUUAGUGGAAAACCUCCCACCGGCACUAUCAGUAGCUGCUCUGCUAAGUUUCCACCUGCCACUUUGUAAACUGACGUGGUUCAUGUGGAAGAUCGACUGAUCGUUGGCUUCAUACCAAAAAUUGUACUAGUCCCUUUUGGAUGCAUUACAGUGUGUGGUGUGAUAGGGAGUUUUUCUGGAACCUCCAGUUCUGUGCCAAAAUGUACUGUGGUUUGAUGUUUGAAGAUUUUUUUUUUCCAGUGAUUUCAGCUCCUACUGAAAUGAACUACAUUUCAAUGGUGCAGUAGUGAGAGAGAGAGAGAGCUGGCCUUUUCUUCAAAAACAAAAAUCAAAUUAAGGGCCCACAGUCCUGCACACAACACCAAGGGAAGUCAAUUGGGACCUUUUUGUCAGUGUGUUACUGACAUAUGUACAGCUGUCAUUAAAGUGAACACACUUAAAUUUAUAUACAAUACUGAGAUUCAAGGUUGGGCUCAAGCCAUUUCCCUAUAUUAUUCACCACAGGCCAAAUGCUGAGGUGUGCAUAGUACCUGCAGCUUCCAUUGAAAUCAAUGCAAGUUGUAGAUACUCCGAGUCCCUCAGGAGUCAGCUCUAUAUUAAUAAUAAUAUUUACAUAGGACCAGAUCCUGAAGUCUGUAUGCAUCAAAGCUGGCACUGAAAUCAGUUGGUGUUCUGCAUGAAUAAGGGUGGAUUAAAAACUGAAUAAGAACUUUGGGAUUUGGCCCAUGGUGUCUUUCAUCGGAGAAUCUAAAAUGCUUUACAGACAUUACCGGCCUGAUCUUGCUGCUCUUACUCCUGCUUAAUACCUUAUCCCAGAAAUAGUCCCAUUGACAUUAAUAGGACGAAGGAUGGAGUGUGGUAUUAAGCAAGGAGAGGGAGGGUGUCUGCAUCUAGCCUUUAAUAAACAUCACAAUGUCUCUGUGAGGGAGAUAGUUAUUAUAUCCAUCUAACAUGCUGGUAACUCGAGACAUAAGCAGGUUAAGCUAUUUGCCCAACUCAGUGAGAAAUCUAGAGUAUUGCCCUGCUGAUAUCAGCUAUUGUAACCAUUCGUAGGGAGCUGUAUUCUCAUUUCUAAUAUGCAUGCACUCCUCCCAUUGACUGGAUAGUUGAGCUCUAGCAAAUGUUAACUUUUCUAUGUCAGUAUAAAUGUCUGCAUUGCAUCUGAGAGAGUGAAUUUGUCUGAACACCUUUGGCUGGUGGCUGACCUUGGCCAUUCAACUUCCCAUUGUUUCUGCUGCUGUGUUUUCAUUAAAACUUCGAUUACCUUUCCCACUCACUGCGGUUAUAGAUGAGUUUUUCUUAUCACAUUUCUGAAGCAAACAAAGAAAACAACCUGACAUAUCAAAGCAGAAACAAUUCAUGUUUAAAAAUAAGGCAAAUUAGAAAACAGGGACGCUCAGCCAUACAAGGAUGUGACCUUUAUAAAACAGUCACAUUAGAAAACAGCUCGUUCUUUAAAUGGUCAGCUUCAACAAGAUAUCAUGAGGGCCACAGCCAUAACACCAGGCAGGGAUGGCUUAGUGAUCUAAGAUUCAAAUUAACUAGAAUCCUUCAUGCCACAUAAUCAAAUCCCAGCAGCAUUGACUGACCGUUUCAUCACCCUAUGGUGGAUAAAUUCAAUACCAUCUAGUUUACUGUUGGGGGGAAGGGGUAUCGUUCAGGUGAGACCUUAUAAAAUCUGGUCCUCUCCGCUCUACAUGACCUUUAAACAGCACAUACAUAGCGCUUCAAGUGGAGGGAUUUGCCCCAUUAUCUUUAAUUGAAAGUUCCCCUUUCCCCUGUUCUCGUGCAGUGAGCUGUGUGCCAGUUGGAUGCUGCCCCGUGCCCCCGUGGUGGCUGGGUUUCAAUGGUGCUGUAGGGCUCUAAAUCAUGAAGCGCUUUGAGAGUCUUCAGAAUGAACAGUGCUACAUAAAAGUAAAAUAAUUCAUCCUGUCAGAGAGCCCAAGCUAAGUACGGUCAAGGCUGGCUAGACCUCCAGUAAAACAUGUGCUUCGGAAGGCAGUGCUGGUGCGUCAGAAAGUGGCUUUUCCCCUCUUGAGUCCCUGAACCAAUGCCCUAGCCUGGUGUUUGGGAGCACUGUGCUCUGGGUGGUGACAUCUUUCAGAUGAGUCAGAAAGCUGAGGUCCUGACCCCUUGUGGUCAUUAAAGAACUGCUGGCACAUUACACAAGAGUAGGUUAGAGUUGUCGACCUCAGGGUCUUGGCCAAACUCCAAUUUAGUAAUUAUAUUGUGCCUACCAAAAUUCCUCUUGUGUAUUUCAAGUAGGUAUAUUAUUCACUUCCUGUCCUAAAUUUCUGUGUACUGUUGAAGCGCGCUGUUGUAAGCACCUGCCUUUCACCCUAGCAUUUGCUUGUAUGUCAGUGGUAGAUGAAGAAAUUUGUGUGUGAGAGAGAAUUAUGCAUAUCAUAAAUAAGUCAAACUCCCACCCUAUGUUGCAUGGGUGCAACUACACAGCGAAGUACGAUACUCUCCUAGUGCUCUUUUCAGCACUGUGUGGAGGGCCUGGCUAAUGUGUCUCCUGGUACUUUACGGACCCAAGGUGAUGUAGUCGGGACCCAUGCUCCCCUCUAUACUGUGUCCUGCAUCACACAAUAGAGAGGUCUGGAUCCUGCUAGUUUUAGAGCAGCAUUAUGGUGUUCUGAAAAGAGUUCCCUCAGCCUCUUUGCACUAAUGAGAUGGCUACUGGACUAUCCUUCAGUCCAGCUCAUCUGCAAGCCUUCCCCUUGUAAUUUCACCUGCACAGAAUGAGUCUACUCAGAGCAAGAUCUUGACUCUGUAAAGCAUUUUAGGACCCUCUGGGACAAAAGAUGCUUUAUAAAAUGAGAUAUUCUGUAUCUGAACAGUUCAUGUUCUGCGUCUUCUGUUUUUUACAUGUGAAAUGUUUUUGUUUUUUUAUUUGUGUGUGUGUGUGUGAGAGAGAGAGAGAGAUGGACAGUAUAUAAAUUUACUGUAUAUCUUAUGAGAUGUGAAAUCAUGUCUGUAAUGAGGUCUCUUGUUAAUGUCAGUCAGCCUUCCCCGAUGCUAAGGGUUUGGCAGUAUGCAUUAGUGAAUUGAAUAGCUAAACCUCCACUUGCCCAAAAGGGCUUACCUUUGUACAUAGGUUAGCAUUUUUUAACGUUUGAUAUAAGAUCAUUGAAAGUAAUUUGUAAGUUAGAUGAGGGGGAAAUGGGCAUUCUAGAAAAAAAUACCAAUUCAAAUUAUAGUGUGGGGCCAUUCAUAAAACAAACCAAAAGGCUUGGUGCAACACCCAUUGAAGUCCAGUAGAUUGGGCCCCAUUUUUUAGCUCUUAUUCAGACAUUAAACAAUUUGCCAUGAAUCUGCUAUAUGUGACUCUGAAGUGUAGAUCACGUUGCACCUAAGCAGAAAAGCAAAACACAUGUAUGUAAUUGGGUACCAGUGUCUAUGUGCUUAAGUAGGGAAAGAUACCUCCCCAUCCUUCUCCAUCUCUGAAGACCUGUCAUUGUGUUCUUCUGUUUACCUCAGAAAAUAACAGAUGAAAGAAUCCCAACACCAAUGCUUUGGUGACACAGAAGUGCUAGCAUUGAACAUGAGACACGCUUGCUAGCUUCCUUCAUCCUUGUCCAAGUCUAUCAGUUAUCUCUUUCAGAUUUCAGUAAAAGUUAUAUUUAUAAAGUUAUUAGGGAAAAAUGAAAACCAGAGAGAAAGCCAUGAUGGAAAAAAUUGCUUCCGAGAAUAAAACAAAACUGUAGCGUGAAGACUUCAGAUUACAAAAUCUGCAGCAAACCCUUCCUGCUGAAAAAAGACAGCUUUUCGCUGUCAUCUUGUAAAACUAAUGAUGGUUUGAUUACUUGUUCGAGCUUUUUUAUUAGUAUUAUUAUUUCUGUAUCUAGCACAGGAAGCUCUUAUAUGCCAUCUCUCAAUGAGGUUUCUAUGGAAAAGGUUUCUUUAUUGGGAAACAAAAAUCGCACAACCAGAUAAUACUAUCCAGAGCACAAGGAAGUGAUGUCCUACUUUGUGCAACCAUCAUUUAAGUACUGGCUUUUGGGUUUAUAUAAGUGUUCUAGUUAUUUUAAAAUGAACAAUAUAGCUGGAACAUUUGUUUGCCCUUCUCAUUGUCCAUUUAAGCUUGUACAAACUGCACUAUAGUAAAAGCCACUGCACAGAAAAUAGGGGAAUUGUGGAUGAUUUGAAGGAUUAAGCAAUAGUUUAGCUCAAUGGGUAAAAUUUUUGAAAGGGCCUGGUGAUUUAGGAGCUGAAGGCCAUUUUUCAAAAGAGACUUAGGAGUCUACCUCUUAUUGGAAGUCAUUGGGACUUAGGCACUUUUGAAAAAUCUUCCCCAAUAUCAAAACUGUUCAGAUGUUAAUAUUAUGGAGCAAGCUGUCUACACCCAGGAAAUUAAAGGUUAAGGAGAAUAAUCUACUUUUAACUCACGCCAUAUUUAAUGUGAGAUACCAGCCUUAAUUUUAAAUGUAGCCACUUUUGUCUAACUGUGUCACAACCUGAAUUCUGCUUUAAAAUAUUUUUAUUUAAUUUCCUUGUUUUCUUUUUUAAAAAAAAGUUUAAAAAGAAGGUUUGUCUUUCAGCAUAAUGUGUUCAGUCUGCUAGAUCUUUAUGUGCUCAAUCAUAUAAUGAGAUCCUUAGCACGUUAUCAAUGCUAAAAUGUCUUAGGAAAAUUUCUGAAAACAUGUUGACUGAGUACACCUUAGAAUAUUUUAACCCCCGAUCUCCGAUGUUAAGUCUUGUAAAAUCUCCAGUGAGAUGAGGAUUCAUGUCUUGCCAAAUGUCAUUUUGUAAAUCCAGUGUUAACAUUGUACAAACACAAACCAGCAUUUGAAACCAGCAAGGAUUUUUUUUCCUUUAAUCUGGUUAGCCAGCUCUUCUCUUCAAGUGUAAAAUAAUUUGCUUUUAGUUUGCGACUAUGUAUGCAAAGCUUCUGCGUGACUUGUUAUAACCAAGUUAAGAAAUGGGAAGCUGGGUUUAGAGAGAAAUUUAACUGCAGUAGUGCAAAAGGGCCUUAUUUUAGGGCCUGAGCUAACUCCCACUCACAGCAAUAGGAAUCCUUCCAUUGACUUCAGCGGGAGUUGGAUCAGGCCUAAAGCAGUUUGUCGUAGCCUUUUUGAUACCAGGGACUGGCUUGCUGCCUUCCUAAACUGUGUCAUGGAGAUCUCAGGGACCGGAGCCAGCCCAUGGACUGGUCAUUGAGAAACACUGUGCUAAAGGAUAUAAUCUCCUUUCUCCCCAUAUUCAGAACUGUGGUUGGUAUCAAUGAGAGGCUCCCAUAAGGACUGAAGGGAAAAUAUGCCCUGAAGGCCCAGUCCUAUCGUCCUUGUGCAUAUUGUCCCUAAUUCAGCAAAGGUGCUUAAUUAAGCAUGUGCUUAACGUGUGUGACUUUAAGCAUCCCUUUCCAGCAAAAUACUUAAGCAUUUGUUGGUUUCAAUGGUACUUAAGCAUGUGUUUAAAAUUAAAGUGAAGCACAUACUUAAGAGUUUUGCUAAACAGAGAUGGGAUUACUUAUGUACUUAAGUGCGCUGGUGAUUCAGGGCAUUCAAACUUCCAGUGAUUUCGCUGGAAGCAUCACACACGUUUACAGGCUGCAGAAUCAGGCUCAAGUGCGGGGGUGAAGCAUUUUUAUGAAUUGGACCUGCCUGAGAAAACAAUGGCAAAUUUUAAUUUCAGGAGCUGACAUUCCAUUAACAUCCGUUUAGCUGGUAGGGUUAAUAUGUAAUAUUUACUAUAAUUACAUUUCAUCUUUUUUUAAAAAAUCCCUCUCCUUGAGGCAGCACCUGAGUCCAGCAAGUAUGAAAUAAUGUCAAAGAACUUUAAAUACUUGCCCAUAUGGCCAAACCCUGCUAACUUGCCCAAACAGAAGUAGUCCCAUCAAAAUUAAGGAGAGCAUGAUUUGGCCCAUGGACUGUACAAAUUUACUGAUGUGUGAACACAAGUCCCAAUUCAGUUCAGUAAGACUGAUUACUUCCUGGAAAAAAACACAUCCUCCCAAUUCACCCUGGUUGUAAAUGAAUUGAAGUCAAAGGAGUUAUAGCAGAGAUGAAUUUAGCUCGCUGGGUGCCGUCCAGUAUGUAGGCAAAACUCCCAGUGAAGUCAGUGUUUUCCUUUGUAAGGACUGCAUAAUUGGGGCCACAUAAUGAACUAUAUUUAUCAGACAGACAGACCAUUCUUGUGUAAACGCUGUUGGUAGCUUUGUGUGAAGGCCAAAAGAAACAAAACAAAAUCAAACUUCAUGGGAACACACCAGAGAAUAAUAAACUUGCACCUUGAUAGAAUAGCUUUAUUUGUGUAUAUUGUAUGUAAAUUUCAAACCAGAGAAUACAUGCCAUUCACUGUACGUAUCUGGUUACUUGGCUGGCAGUGCUGUGCACUGCUGUUUAGGAGCUCCAGGUUCUCUAGUCUUGGGUUUCCAACUUUAAAGGUUGCUGGAGACCAAGCACAUCAUCCUUGGGGCCAGUCAAAAAUAGGAGGGAUGGAGUGAUAGCCACCCACUACAAAUGUGGUUAAGACUAUGGAUCAGGACUGAGGUUAGCUUUGGAGAAGGUUACUUGCCCACACUCCUGGCCAGUGGAUAAGUCCCUCCUUCAUAGUCAUGUACAGUAGAAGGGAAGUUAUUGAGUUUCUGGUGGUCCACAUGGGUGGAGUAUACUCAAAAUCCUAUUUGAACCAGUCUUUAAUAGGGACCUGGUAUGGUAAGAAGGAACCCAUGAUUUAAUGUAACACAAAAAGGACCACAACAAAACAGUGUGUAUAUACUUAUCUAUCUCCUAAUGUCUCUGUAUUAAAUGGAUUUAAUAAUUUGUAAAAAAAAAAAAAAAAAAAAAAAAAAAAAACCAACUGAUUGCUCAUGUUGUGUUACUGCUUUGAAUUUCUUUGCAUGAACUCUGGCAUAUAAUUCUUUAAGGAAAAAAAAAAUAUAUAUAUAUAUAUUAUAGCCUGCAAAAUAUUCUUGUUGGACAGCCAUGUUUUGUGCAAAUUGUAUAUUACUGUUGUGAGCAAUAUUGGAAUAUGAACUUUUAUUAGUUGUUGGCAUUAAAAUAUGUUUUCAUUGAUA